AACAAAACCAACAAAAGCUACGGAAAAGAAAGAGAGAGAAGGGAGGGAGGGUGUUUGUUGGCGAAGAUUGGUGCGCUCAACGAACGCUUCAACGGCAUUAUUUCCCGGCCAAUAGGAUGUGUGAUUGAAGAAGAAGCAGUUGAAGCAGAAGAGGCUGAACGUUAGGGGGGGGUGUGUGCGUGAGAGAGAGAGAGAGUGUGGGUGUGAUCAGGUCCUCAGGUGAAAGAUCUGAGGCUUAAAUUUCGAUAGUAAGAAUAGUAAGAAUUGGAAAAGAAACAACAAAAUGAGCGCUUCGAGGUUUAUUAAGUGCGUCACGGUUGGUGACGGAGCUGUGGGUAAAACUUGCUUGCUGAUUUCGUAUACCAGCAACACCUUCCCGACGGAUUAUGUGCCUACUGUUUUCGACAAUUUUAGCGCUAAUGUGGUUGUCAAUGGGAGCACUGUUAACCUGGGGUUGUGGGAUACUGCUGGGCAGGAGGACUAUAAUAGAUUAAGACCUUUGAGUUAUCGUGGGGCAGAUGUUUUCAUACUGGCAUUCUCUCUCAUUAGCAAAGCCAGUUAUGAAAAUGUUUCCAAGAAGUGGAUUCCAGAGUUGAAGCAUUAUGCACCUGGUGUCCCAAUAGUUCUUGUUGGAACAAAGCUUGAUCUUCGGGAUGAUAAGCAAUUCUUCAUUGACCAUCCUGGUGCUGUGCCCAUUUCUACUGCUCAAGGAGAGGAGCUGAGGAAGCUGAUUGGUGCACCUGCUUAUAUCGAAUGCAGUUCAAAAACACAGCAGAAUGUGAAGGCAGUGUUCGAUGCAGCCAUAAGGGUUGUUCUUCAACCACCCAAGCAGAAGAAAAAGAAGAGCAAAGCACAGAAGGCUUGCUCUAUCUUGUGAUCGAAUUGGUGUAAAGAGAUAAACAGCUGUUUGUCAGCUG